CAAAGAACGGGCUAACAGAUAAGAGAAAGCAGUCUUGGAGUGCUGGAGAGGACAGACUGAAAGCGCAAGUGGCUUGGAGCAAGAACUUGAACUAUACGUGAAAAAUACGAUCAGCCAAAAUGCGGGGUCUGUUCUCUGUGACCAUUGUGCUGCUGGUGGCCUUGAUGAUAACAACUACAGAAGCUGGCAAAAACAAGAAAAAUGAGAAGGGAAAAGGUUCUAAGGGGGCCUCAGACUGCACAGAGUGGCGCUAUGGCAACUGUGUGCCCAACAGUGGAGACUGUGGAGCUGGUGUCCGAGAGGGCACCUGCAAUGGCCAGACCAAGAAGCUCAAGUGCAAAGUGCCCUGUAAUUGGAAGAAGCAAUUUGGUGCUGACUGCAAAUACAAGUUUGGCAGCUGGGGGGAGUGUGAUGCAGCCACUGGCACCAAGAGCAGAUCUGGAACCCUAAAGAAAGCCCUGUACAAUGCAGAGUGCCAGCCGACCAUUGACGUGUCCAAACCUUGCGCUCCAAAGACCAAGACAAAGGCCAAAGGAAAGAAGGGGAAGCUGAGAGAGAACUAAAAAGGGCUUGAGUAUUGCCAGGUAACGGGGUCUCCUCCAUCUUACUGCCGCAGCACAAUCUUCGCUUCUACUUCCUCCUUUGCCAAACAUCUUGGAUGAUUCUCAUGGUGUCAAAUACACAAAAAGUUCUGCCUCCUUCUCAAAAGAAAAAUGAAAAGCAUUCCAUUUUGUAAGACUUUUUAUGAAAUCAGUGUUUUUAUGUACAGUAAUUUUUAAAAGCCUGAGUUUUUUCUGUAGGCAAAUAUUAAGGUCAUGGGGAACUGCUUGCUCUCUGAUUGUAACUGAAUAAAUUGUAAAAUCUGUUUAAAAUAAGUAGAUUUGUCCAAAUUGUUAAACUAUAAUUGGAAAGUCAGUUUUAUUCACUUUUCAACUACCAGUUAGUGCCAUUAACAGAAUUGAACAGGUUUACUCAGUGGAUUUGAAAUGUGCACCAAUUACUAAAAUUAUAAAUUGCUUAUUUUCUUACUGGUCUGAAGAUAGACAGCAACACGAGUAUUUUAUAUAAAGGAUGUAGGGUUUGAAUGCUUAAGGGAAUAUUAGAAUCUGAAUUUUUACAAAACAUUUUGUGAGUAGCAAGUGAUGUAGAGAUUGUUGGGAUUGUAAUAUAUGAGGUUUUCUCAGCAAAAAAUUGUCAUUUUGG